AACUGACAGACGUCUUCACCGUAAACAAAUAAAUGAUUGGUUCUAUCAGUUGGUUGAGCAACAUUUAGAUUAAAAACAAAACAUUUUUUGGUGAUAUCGAAGGCUAUGAACCAACUGGGUAUUAGUUCGAUGGACGACUUUAGUAAAAUGUGUCGUUGCUGCGCCUCACCGAGUGAUGAAUUGAGUCCAAUGAUCCAAUGUGGGAAUACAGAUGAAGAUAUACCCAGCAUGUUCAAAGAAUGUUUCAAUCUUGAGAUUGACUGUUCCAAUUUACUACCAGUAUCCAUAUGCGCGACUUGCUACAAAAAGCUUCGUUAUUCGGUGCAAUUCAGAGAACUGUGUGUUUCAUCAUUCACAUUUCUCACAGAGUUUUUGGAGAAGCAGAGCAUCACUCUGAUCAAAAACGAAAAUUUCGAGGAUGAUGCGUACACCUUUGCUUCGUGUCUCGUAAGUCAUUGCAAAAAGCCUUACACAUUAAUCCAGAAAGUGUUUCUCACGUUUCUAUUAAACCAGAAUGAUGAUACGACGGACGAAACCAUUGAAGAAACGAAGCCGAGUGUGCAGAGUCAUGUCGAAGAGCGAGUCGAACCGCCGAAAGAAAAACUACGUAAGAAACUUCACAGAACGAAACUGGGUGCCAAAUCAGGGAAGAAGAAUAGUACGAACAAAAACCCUAGUAUCGACGAAGAGGAGAAGGAGACAGACUUGACGGUGGAAGAUAGCAGCAGCAAUGUUGAAUCAACCAAAAAUUCGAAAACGAAAGGAAAAAAAGAGAAAGUCGGAAAAAUGUGCCAGAUUUGCGGACAAAUAUUCAAAAGUCUUCAGGCUCACCUGUACGUCCAUGACAUUUUUCCGAAGUUUGAAUGCAAUAUCUGCCACAAGAAAUUCCGACACAAAGCAAAUGUUCUCAGUCAUAUGAAGAUUCACACAAAUCAAAGAGACUUUAAAUGCCAUCAGUGUCCCUACAAAACACAGUUUCGUACAUCAUAUCUACGUCACCUACAAACGCACACAAACGAGCGUAACUACAAGUGUACCAUCUGCGAAAAACUAUUCACCCGGAAAAUGACACUGGACCGGCACAAACUAACACACGAUCUGCCUCGAGUUCCUUGUCCACACUGUGACAAAAUGUUUACGACCAAAAAAGGACUGGUUAAUCACAUCGGCAUUCAUACCGGAGAGCGUCCAUUCAAAUGUAAAAUAUGUGGAAUGGGAUUUGUGGCGACGUCUUCGCUGUCUGUACACAGAAGAAUACAUAAAAAGGAGGACGAUCUGUUGCGAUGCAAAGAGUGCGGACUGGUUUUGACUAACUUACAGAUGCUGUACAAUCACAUGAAAGAUCAUAACGUUCCAUCGACAGCGGAAAUGUUUCUGACAGAGGUGGAAGUGGUGACUACAUCGACCAAAAAGGGAGUCGGUUUCCGGGAUGAGUUUUGUGAAAUGAAGAAGCCGAAGCCAAUAACAACGCAGGACUUCAACAGAAUUUGUCGCUUUUGUGCGAAGCCCAACAACGACUUGAAACCAAUAUUUAAAAGUGAUGAUUGCACCGAUACUUCCUCAACAGGGGAAAAUCUUUCAUUUCCGUAUAUGUUCCAAAAUACUUUAAAUUUAGAUGUGAUUAUCGACGAACGGCUACCUUUACUUAUCUGUACACGAUGCAGCAAAAAAUUGACCAAUGCAAAUGAUUUUCGUAAACAAUGCUUGAAGAGCUACCAAAGUUUGAUUGAAAUCUACGAAAGCGAAGCCAAGAGAAAGUCACCGGAAACUACAGAAGUACCAUCUCCUCCAGAAUGUGUUCACGUUAAAACUUCGGAUGAUGAAGAACCAACAAUAGCUCCAUUCGUCGUACUAAUCAAAGAUGAACACGAAAAUUUCAAUGAACGACCAUCAUCGAAUGACGGUUCCGUAAAAGAUGGAGACUCGAAUAUGGAGGAUCCUUGUUUCCAGUCUUCAUCUCCAGGCAGUGUUGUAAAGAGUGAAAAUACCAACGAAGUAAAGGAAACAAAAUACAAAGGCCGCGGUCGUCCACGGAAAGGCCAAGAAGUGAAGAAAGAGAAACGUGUACCGAAACCGCACGCAUUGGAAAUGUGUCAAAUCUGCGGCCAAUUGUUCAGAUGCAUUAAGACACACAUGUUCGUCCACGAUACAAAUCCUCAGUUUGAAUGUCAUCAUUGUGGUCGAAAAUUCAAGCAUAAACCAAAUCUGAUUUGUCAUGUAAAGAAUCAUCAAAAUGUGCGGAAAUUUCAAUGUCCACACUGUCCGUUUAAAUUUCAAUACAGCACUAACUUUAAACGGCACAUUCGCACCCACACUGGAGAAAAAAUAUUUACUUGCGACAUUUGCCAAAAACGUUUCAGUCGUAGUGGAGGCUUGCAAAGGCAUAAACUCACGCACGACAUACCUCGCGUACCGUGUCCGUACUGUGAAAAGAUGUUCACCACAACGAAAGGUCUGGUUAAUCAUGUCGGAAUCCAUACAGGAGAGCGACCAUUCAAAUGCAAAAUUUGCGGGGCAGCAUUUGUGGCCAGCAGUAGUUUGUGUGUACACUCAAGGAUACACAAAAAGGAAAAUCCAAUUAUACAAUGCAAAGAGUGUGGACUGGUUGUAACGGACAAUGUGAUGUUAUCUAACCACAUGAAGGAUCAUCAAGAAAUAUCGGCCGUAAAAUAAAAAAAAAAAAAUUUUUUGAGACGUAGCGGUAAUAAGAAUAAAACCAAGACACAUGAGA